AAUACCUGAGUACGAAUACAUAGAUUGGAUGGGUUUCGUUUUCAGUUUAUAUGGCUGUUUUCUAUUUCGUUUCUUGUAAGUUUGACGUGACAAGGUUAUUGAAACUGUUCUAAAAAGUUAAAAAAUAAUGUGGUAAUUAACUCUUAAGAUUUAAAAUUAGCCAUUUUAACUUUUGUCGUAAACCAGGAGUUUUUCAAAUUUGCAGCUCUAAAGAAGGUCAUCAUGAGAUACAUGAUCUUGGUGCUGUUGCUGGUUGUCCUACUAGAGACUAUAGUAGCUCCACCAGUAACUGAGAAGAAAAAGAAAGAUGCUGGCAAAGAAGACAAAAAUGAUCGUUUUGAAGAGAUGGGGAUUGAAUACAACAGGUAUCUGGUGCAAGUCGUAGAAGCUCUGGAAAGUGAUCCUGAAUUCAGGAAGAAACUGGAGAAUGCUACAUCUGAGGACAUCCAGUCAGGCAAGAUAGCGGAUGAGCUGGAUUUCGUAUCUCACAAUGUUCGCACCAAGUUGGACGAGUUGAAGCGUGUGGAGUUGGAGCGCCUGCGCAAGCUGGCACGGCAGGCAUAUGAACAAGAGAACGAUAUUAACGCCUUACACCUGAAGAUGGCAGAGCCAGAACACUUGGAUCAUGCCAACCCCCAUACAUUUGAGAUUGCUGACCUCAAAAAACUCAUUGCCAAGACAGCAGAAGACCUUGCAGAAGCAGAUAAGCAGCGGCGGGAAGAAUUCAAGGCCUAUGAGAUGGAGAAGGAGUUCGAGCAAAAACAGAAACUGGCUAAGAUGGACGAGGAGAAGAAGAAUAAAUAUCUGGAAGAAUUGGAGGAACAGAAGAAGAAGCACAAGAAACAUGAUCCGGUACCGAUCCAUCAUCCUGGCAGCAAACAGCAGCUGGAGGAAGUGUGGGAGAAGCAAGACCACAUGGAGGACCAGCAAUUUGAUCCCAAGGCCUUUUUCUUUAUGCACGACUUGGACGGCAAUGGUGUGUGGGAUGAGGCGGAGGUGAAGUCCUUGUUUCUUAAGGAGCUUGACAAACUAUAUGAAGCUGGAGCACCAGAGGAUGACAUGCGUGAACGUGCUGAAGAAAUGGAGCGUAUGCGAGAACAUGUCUUCCGGGAGGCAGACCUCAACCGGGACAAUCUUAUCAGCUUUGAUGAGUUCCUCCAGCAGACCAAGAAGCCAGAGUUUGAGAGAGACGAAGGCUGGGAGACCUUGGACGAGCAACAGAUUUACACUCAGGACGAAUAUAAAGAGUUUGAACGACAACGCCAGGAGGAGAUUCAGCGUCUAAUCAGAGAGGGAAAGCUCCAGCCACCACCAGUAUACCACCCACCUCCACCUCCCGGUUACCACCCACCUCCCCAGGGGUUUAAUCCAGGGCCAGUUCAGGGCAAUCAGAUACCACCAUAUCAUCAGCAAGCACAGGCAUACCAACAACAACAGGUGUAUCAGCAGCAACAGCACUUCCAGCAACAACAACAUAACACACUUCAGCAGCAGCAGCAGUAUCAGCAACAGAAUCCCCAACACUAUCAGCAACAACAAUACCAACAACCUCAGCAGUACCAACAAGCCCAGCAUGGGAAUCAACAGCCUCAGUACCAACAACCUCAACAAGUAAAUCAACAAUAUCAACAGCCUCUAUCAGAAAAUCAACAACCUCAACAGGUGAAUCAACAGCCUCAACCAAAGGGUCAACAAUAUGUACAGCAAAAUAUUCCACCAGUCCAACAGCAACCACUUUCAAAUAAUAUCCCACAACAGCCAAUGACAAACAAUAUUCCUCAACAGCCAGUGGUGCAAAAUAUCCCUCAGCAACCAAUGGUGCAAAAUAUCCCUCAACAACCAGUGGCACAAAAUAUUCCUAAACAGCCAGUGGUAAACAUACCUCAACAACCAGUGUUGAACAGUGUGCCACAACAACAACAACCUGCUAAACAAGAAUCUAAUAUCCCUGUGCUAAGCAAUGAGAUCCCUAAGGCACCCCCUUUGCCUGUUCAGUCCAACAGCAUUCCACAGGGACCAAAAUAAACUGGCUGUCUCUUUAAUUAAUGAAUUUCUUUCGUUCUUUGUGUCCCCAAUGUCUUCAAUUUAUACCAGUCUUCUACUCUUGACAUCUGCCCACCUAGCAAAGCAUUUAUAAGUGCCAUGAUAUGUUUCAUUUAA